CACCGAGGGGCACCCGCAUCGCGCCGCGGGUGGAAUGUGGCCCCGGCGUGGGGGUGGGACUCCCUGCUUGAGGGGAAAUCGCCUCCUGACGACUUUUCACUUACUGGACGGGACGUGGGGGCUUGUCUGACUGGCUGUGUUCGGUGCACAUGGAGAAGCAGGUCCAGAGAAGGGAAGGGGCUGACGCAAGGUCACCCAGAUCGAGGCAGAAGCAGGCCGGGAUUCGCGGCUUCGGAUCCCGAGCUCUUAGCUGGAGAAACAGCUGCUCCGGGCACACGUGGGAGGCUGGGGAGGGAAGGGUCUUGGGCCCAAAAUAGCGGUGUGAGGACUGUGAUUGCCGGUGGCAGAGAGGUGUGCGGGGUUGCUGCAGCCUUUUCCUUUAUGCAGCCUCCCUGGUUUCCUCCGCAGCUGUCCCUCGUGUGCCCCGUGGAUCCCCCUCCAUAGCGAUUACCUCAGCCCGCAGGCUUUAAGACCUUGAUGUCAUCCUGUCCACCCCCCCCCCGGUUGUGAAAAAUCACAGAUUUCAGUCAGGAAGAAACACCUUUUGAGUAACGAGACUUUCUGUAAUGGGACAGUGGGUCCUUUUGUAUUUCCUUUCCUCUUAGAUGAGUGUGUGUUCUUGGUCUACCUCUGUUAAUGGUGAAGAAGACUUCAAGAUUAUCUCGACAAUGGUAAUAAUAAAAUGGCAAUUCAGCAAGCGGAUAAAUUGUUGAAGAAACAUAAGGAUCUUCAUUGUGCUAAGGUCUUAAAGGCAAUUGGUUUACAGAGAACUGGAAAGCAAGAGGAGGCCUUCACCUUGGCACAGGAGGUGGCAGCCCUUGAACCCACAGAUGACAACUCGCUACAGGCACUGACUAUUCUUUACAGAGAGAUGCAUCGACCGGAAUUAGUUACAAAACUUUAUGAGGCAGCUGUGAAGAAAGUUCCCAAUAGUGAGGAGUAUCACUCUCAUCUCUUCAUGGCCUAUGCCAGAGUGGGUGAAUACAAGAAGAUGCAACAGGCUGGCAUGGCUCUAUAUAAGAUUGUCCCCAAAAACCCUUACUACUUUUGGUCUGUGAUGAGCUUAAUUAUGCAGUCUAUAUCAGCACAGGAUGAAAACCUCUCAAAAACUAUGUUUCUGCCCCUUGCUGAGAGAAUGGUAGAAAAAAUGGUGAAAGAGGACAAGAUAGAAGCUGAGGCUGAAGUUGAGCUUUAUUAUAUGAUCCUGGAACGGUUGGGAAAGUACCAGGAAGCCUUGGAUGUCAUAAGAGGAAAAUUGGGAGAAAAGUUGACCAGUGAGAUUCAAAGUCGGGAAAAUAAGUGCAUGGCCAUGUAUAAGAAGCUGAGCAGGUGGCCAGAGUGCAAUGCUCUUUCCCGGCGCCUCUUACUGAAAAACUCAGAUGACUGGCAGUUCUAUCUGACUUAUUUCGAUUCUGUCUUUCGACUUAUUGAAGAGGCGUGGACUCCUCCUGCUGAAGGUGAACACUCUUUGGAAGGAGAAGUGCAUUAUUCUGCAGAAGAAGCUGUGAAGUUUAUAGAAGAUCGAAUAACGGAAGAAUCUAAAAGUUCUCGCCAUCUCCGAGGACCACAUCUAGCUAAACUGGAGCUGAUUAGGCGUUUACGCUGUCAAGGUUUUAAUGAUGAAUACAAACUGGGUGAUCCAGAAGAAUUAAUGUUCCAGUAUUUUAAAAAGUUUGGGGAUAAGCCUUGCUGUUUUACAGAUCUCAAGGUAUUUGUUGACCUCUUGCCUGCUACACAGUGUACAAAAUUUAUUAACCAGUUACUUGGAGUUGUUCCUUUGUCGACACCAACAGAGGAUAAGCUGGCAUUGCCUGCUGACAUCAGAGCUCUGCAGCAGCAUUUGUGUGUGGUGCAGCUGACGAGGUUACUGGGCUUGUACCACAUGAUGGAUAAAAAUCAGAAAUUGACCGUGGUCAGAGAAUUGAUGUUAAGGUACCAACAUGGGCUGGAAUUUGGGAAGUCCUGUUUGAAAACGGAAUUGCAGUUUUCAGACUAUUACUGUCUUCUUGCUGUCCAUGUGCUUAUUGAUAUAUGGAGAGAAACAGGUGACGAGACUGCUGUUUGGCAGGCCCUGACUUUGUUGGAAGAGGGAUUGACACACAGCCCAUCCAAUGCUCAAUUCAAAUUGCUGCUUGUUCGAAUCUACUGUAUGCUUGGGGCAUUUGAACCAGUGGUGGAUCUGUACUCCAGCCUUGAUGCUAAGCAUAUCCAGCAUGAUACUAUUGGUUAUCUUUUGACUCGAUACGCCGAAUCCCUAGGUCAGUAUGCUGCUGCAUCCCAAUCCUGUAACUUCGCACUCAGGUUUUUCCACUCCAACCAGAAAGAUACCUCAGAAUAUAUCAUUCAAGCUUACAAAUAUGGUGCAUUUGAGAAGAUUCCAGAGUUUAUCGCUUUUAGGAACAGGCUGAAUAAUUCUCUUCAUUUUGCACAAGUCCGUACUGAACGGAUGUUGUUAGACCUUCUACUUGAAGCAAAUAUAUCAACUAGCUUAGCAGAAAGUAUAAAGUCAAUGAAUCUGCGGCCAGAGGAAGAUGACAUUCCGUGGGAAGCCUUGCGAGACAACAGAGACCUGAAUGUUUUCUUCAGCUGGGAUCCAAAAGAUAGGGAUGUUUCUGAAGAACAUAAGAAACUUUCCUUGGAGGAGGAGACCAUGUGGUUAAGAAUCCGUUCCUUAACAUUGAGGCUGAUCAGUGGGCUUCCAAGUCUUAACCACCCCGUGGAACCAAAGAACUCAGAGAAGACCACUGAAAAUGGUGUAUCCUCCCGGAUUGAUAUUCUUCGUUUGCUCCUUCAGCAGUUGGAAGUGACCCUGGAGGAGGGAAAGCGAUUUAUUGAGAAAGAAAUUCAGUAUCCUUUCCUCGGUCCUGUACCUACAAGAAUGGCUGCAUUUUUAAAUUCUGGUUGUUCUCAUUGUCAGAUCAGCUCUUUUUAUCUUGUUAGUGAUAUUUAUGAGCUGGAUACCAAUGGUUUGGAGGAUACAGUGGAGAUCCAGGAGCGCAUAGAGAAUAGUCUUAAGUCUUUAUUAGAACAAUUAAAAGAUGUCUUCAGUAAAUGUAAAGGUGACCUUUUAGAAGUCAAAGAUGGUAAUUUGAAAACACAUCCUAGUCUUUUAGAAAACCUAGUCUUCUUUGUUGAGACUAUUUCUGUUAUCCUUUGGGUGUCCAGUUACUGUGAGAAUGUUCUGCGACCAUAUAAAUUAAAUUUACAGAAAAAGAAAAAGAAGAAAAAAGAGACGAGCAUCAUCAUGCCACCUGUCUUUACCAGUUUCCAAGACUAUGUUACUGGGCUUCAGACCUUGAUUUCCAAUGUUGUGGAUCACAUUAAAGGGCUUGAAACACAUCUAAUUGCACUUAAACUUGAAGAACUUAUAAUAGAAGACACUUCCCUCUCACUGGAAGAGAGAAAAUAUUCAAAGACUGUGCAAGGGAAGGUGCAGAGUAGUUAUCUGCACUCACUUCUGGAAAUUGGGGAGCUGCUGAAAAAAAGACUUGAGACCACAAAGAAACUAAAAAUUUAAGAAGUGUGAACCACAGGCACUGAUGACUCUACAACAGAAAAUGACAUCAUCUUCCCAGGCAAAAGCUACACCUGGUUGACCAUCAUUUUAAUCCAGAACUUCCUCAUAAAAUGCAUGAAGGACUUUGAUUGUGAAUUAAUUUUUUAGGUAUUAAAUGUAUACACUGAUUAAAUUAUUGUAUAUAAACCAGAAGCAGGACCCUCAUCUGGGUUUGACCACUUUUUAUACAUGUUCAUAAGUAUAUGGCAGCCACAAGAGAAACCCACCUUCAUCCCUCCCAUUGCCAGAAACUUCUGGUGUAUGUAGGGGGUGUCCUGUAAAAGCAGCAAUAGAAAUUAAGCAUAAAGCCUCGACCUCAGAGCCGCCGAACGACCCUACCAUUAGAGCAGUGGGCGUUGCAGUGCGGUCCUUGAGCCUUGAAAGCAGAAGUGGUGGGGGCAGCCAAGUACCCACAGGGCCUCAGAUGACAUUGGGCACAAGCACCUGCCCAUGAAGGGUGCCACACAGGUGAUGACAGACGCUCGUUAUUUGCCCUAGAGUCCUGAUAGCCAAGACAUUCCACCCCAGCUCCUGUGAGCAUUACCUCACAGACAGGCUGUCAGCGUCUUGUUGAAGGAGAGAGCAGUGCAGACCACUGAUGAGCCUCCCGGGGCCAGCUUGCUGUCCCUCAUCCAUUUGGGAAAGAUGGGAAUCACUGUUUUAAAGAGAGGUGUACAUAUUUUAUGCAGGCAAGCCUGAUACUAAUGUCAUUGGUUUUGUGAGAUAUAUAUAUUAUAUAUGUAUAUGCUUUUACAUAUAUAUGUAUAUAUAUAUGCUCAAAAUUAAGUAAUGUUUUUUUAAGGGGUCUUGGGAAGGAAGGAAUGUAUAUUAUGGACUUAACCUAGUCGUAAGUUUUGAGACUGGCAAAAGAAAUGUUAACUCUUUGGGCCUGAGGUUCUGUUUACUUUCUUUGAGCUUGAGAAUGACAUCAGGAUGGCGUUUAUAUUGUUCAUCUGGAGCUCCCCAAGACUACAGCUUCAGAGGUUGGUCUGACAAAAAGCUAAACAUUGCUCUUGAAAAUGUUAUACAGUUUAUACAAUUGCUUUGAUAACUUUUUGUGUUUAAAUCUGUGCUUCUCUUUUGGUCUUUUGUACCCAAAUACUGUUAAAGUUAGCAAUUCUGUAAGAGCAAAGACAUGAAUUUGAUGAGGCAUUUCAAGCACUGACGUAGGAUUGGUCUUGAUCUUAAAAGUUCUUUCCAACUAACCUUUACAGUGAAAAUGUGAUGCUUUUUUUCUUUUAAAAGCAAAAGACAGCUUGGAAAAUCUCUGUAUGCAAAACAACUGCAUUGUGUCCUCUCAUCUUAGACUCACAGUUUGAUAGGGCGAUUAAUAACUGUUUAAACUUGAAAGGAAUUUUUUAAGAAAAAAGUACAUUACCUGUUCAAAAUAAGAUUUGUUGGAAAUCCUAGUCCAAGUAAUUAAAAAUAUUUUUGAUGUAAAUUGGUAGCUGUUGCAGCCCAUCCCAAAAGGAAGAACUGCCUUGAACAAGAUGAAUUGAAAAUUCUGACUGAUUCUGAAUAUAGUUUAAUGACAACAUAUCAUAAUUUCAUAAAACUGGCCCAUUUUGAUGGAGCUUUGUGUGUUUGUGGCAUGUGUUCUUAAAAUGACGUUUCUUUGAAUGUCCAAAAAUACUGUACAUAGAAUUAGAAAUGCUCUUUGAAACAAGUCCAUCAAAUGACCACAAUAAUUCAGCACCUGUACUCCCGGGCGAGCCUUGCCUCAGGGACAAUGUGGGACUCCAGUGUUCCCCGCUGAUAGUUGUCUAGGGGCUUCUGGGACCUCCACUGGUUUUAGUGACAAAUAAUGUUUCCUCUAGUACUUGCUGAUUUUCCUACUAAAUGUAGCAUUUCAAUUAGAUCCAACCUCUUACAUUUUGAGAUAAUUGUAAAAAAAUGAAAUUAUGCAGAAAUGGCCAAUAUCUUUUACUGAUCUGUUCUUUUGAAACUGUCAUGCACUAUAAAUUGUGUACAGUUAAAAAAAAAUAUAUAUAUAUAUUCUUACAUGAGUAAAGUCACCCUCUCUAGCAAUUGUACGUCAUUGGUAUUUGAAGAGAAUUCCUAAAUAACCCAUUGCUGCUGCUGCUGCUGUUUUGGUUUGUGUGGGUUUUUUUGUUUGUUUGUUUGUUUUUGUGUGGUUGAUAUUUAAAAAAAAACAGAAAUGAGAAAAAAACACGACUGACUACUGUUUACAGACUGAAAAAUUACUGCUUUUUAUACUACUGAGAUCCUAAGUUAAGAUUCUCCAAAGCAACAUUUGGUUGUUUAUCUGAUGUGGAUAAAAGGUAGAUAAAUUUUUAGUGUUCUCCACAUAAUGGAAAAUGUACAAAUGCCUAGCUGUGUCACCCAUCUAUUUUGUAUAUUUUCAUAAUUUUAAUUGUUCAAAAUUGCAUUAUAUUUUGCAAUCACUCUGUUGGAUCUGGAUUGUCUUUCAUUUUAACUUUUAAUAUAAAAGGGGGUUUCAAUGUAUCUACGGUCUUGUUGUUGAAACUCUUAUCUACAUAUUUAAUAUGGAAAGUAUUUUUCCUUCAUCAGAAUUAAGUGAAGCAUAGUAAAUUUACUGGGUUAAUUUAUAAAACUUACAUCUUAAGUUGGCAUUCUUGCCUGGCUGAUUUUGUUUGGAUCCAUAGAAGACACACUUUUUGAAUGACAUAAUUAAUCUCAAUUUUGUACUGAGUAUUAUAUUCCCCAUCAAAAUUAUAUUUGUGAAUUUAAAAUAUUUGCUCCGAGGUCACUAGACUUUUUGUUCAAAGUAGUACCUUGCAUGCUAGCAUUUAUUAAUUCAGCAUACAGGUAUCAAGUACUUACUUACUAUGUGCCAGAUUCCAUUUCAGGUGCUGUGAGGUGAUGGUAAAUGAGACCUUACAUCCUAGUUAGUGGUCGAGGUGGGGGAAGAGACUAGUAUUGGUUUAUUAUUAAGUUCUGUUUCAUAAAAUAAAUCAGGACGUGAUACUGUCAGGAUGAUCUCUCAAGUGAUGCUAUCUGAACUAAACGGUGAGUUGGCCAUGGAAAAGGGGGUGCAAGUGCCAAGACCCCCAAACAAGAAACUGCUGAGUAUGUUCCAGAGACUGAAGAAAAGGCUCAAGUAGCUGGGAUUUAAUGAAAGGAAUAGGGAUUGCGAUAGAAGAGAGCAAGGACCAGAGCAUUCAGGACUUUGUAGCGGGAGGAAGGAGCAAGAUUUCUAAAUUCAGUGAGAAAUUAUCGGAGGAUUCCAGAUGGGUUGAUAUGAUUUAUCCAGGACUACAUGAGCCUCAAGACUAAGAUCAUUAGUUCAACAUGCUGCUAAUACAGUGCAGAAAUUAGUUUUCCUCUUCUAGUGUCUGGUGAUAGCAAAUGCCCCAUUUUGAACCCUGAAAAGUCAGGUUUUUUUGCCUGCUUCAUCAGUUGUGAGUUCUAUGCUAGUGCUUUUUUUUUUUAACUUUACCAAA